AUGAGAAAUGAAAUGCUCAGUAAAUUACACACUGGACAUCAAGGAAUUGAAAAAUGCAGGAGACGAGCCAGACAGGUCAUAUUCUGGCCAAAAAUAAACAUGGACAUUGAAAAAAGCAUAAAGUCAUGUCCAACCUGCCAGAAACAUCAACCCAUGCAACCCAAAGAACCAAUGACAUAUCCAGGCAACAGUAAUCAAACAUGGCAAAAAGUUGGAAUCGAUCUCUUCACUAUCGAAAAUAACAAUUACAUUGUUGGUGUAGAUUACUACUCGCAAUUCAUCGAAAUUGGUCAACUAAGGAGCUCAUCUUCAACAGCCGUGAUAAACAUACUGAAAUCCUGGUUUGCAGUGCAUGGUACGCCAAUGUUUCUUAUGUCUGACAAUGGCCCUCAAUUUGCCAGUGAAGAAUUCCAGAAAUUCACCAAUGACUGGAACAUCAACCAAACGACAUCAAGUCCACAUUUUGCUCAAUCUAAUGGUCAGGCUGAGAAUGCAGUUAAAAUUGUUAAAGCGAUGAUCAAAAAAUGCACGGAAACUAAGGAAGAAAUUUACAUAGCUAGCAUUGCAAGUCUAUCGUGCUACACCACUUGA